GGUCGCCGCGGCACCGCGGGAUGUCCUCGGCGGUCGCAGCGGCCGACGCGACGGGCACCGACAGUCGUCGCCCACCGCGCCGAAAUGACGCUCCACCUGCCGCUGCUGCUGCUGCUGUUGUUGGUCCUCGGCGCGCCCUCCUGCCUGGGAGUGUACCCCAUCCAGAAGUCCGUGGUGUACGACCCGAGGGCCUUCGACGUGCUGUAUCACUCGGCCAAGGGUGUCUUCCAGGAGACGUGGAGCUUCACCAAGGCGGUGAAGGUGACCGCCUUCAUCCUGGCCAGCCAGGUGAACCUGUGCGGCGGCGGCGAAGGGUACCGCGAGAACGUCACCCUGACGAUCAGCAAGGUGGACCGCGGCACGUGGACCUCGGUGGCCGAGGCUCAGUUGCUGGGGGACGUGGCCUACGGCCGCGAGCUGCGCGUGUCGCUGCUCAACUCCACGGCGGCCGGCUACCCGCUGCUGCAGCCCAGCGGCGUGUUCUACUACUCGGUGGGCGUGCUGUUCGGCGGCGAGGCGGGCGUGUACCCGUGGCACACGACGAGGAGCUUCUCCGGGGCGUGCGCCGCCGUCAGCGCCAACAACCCGGGCAACAUCAUCGGCAUCGAGUACACCUGGUAGACGUCGCGUCGUCAGCGCCUUUUCCCGCGUGUUUGAGUUGUUUGAGUGACCUCCGGGAUGGUCUCCGCAACACUCAACAUGCACAGAGAAAAGGGUUUGUUUGAAUCAAACAAAUAUUUCGUACACCAAGAAUAAUAGGGCCACAUCUCAAAAAAAAAAAAAUUUUUUUUUUUUUACAUUUUUGGAUAUUUUUAAUGUCUAUGGCUACAUCUAUUCGGUAUAACAAGGCCAUAUAUGUAGUACAAUAAAUAUUCACCUGAGAUGAGAUAUGUACUUAUUACAUUUUAAAAUUGUAAAACAGAAAUCAGAAUAAUACAGCCACAUGUUGACAUGCGGCCUUAUUAUUCGUACAGCUGAGGGUGGGUUGGAAUACACCAUAGCCAUAUUUUGAUUUGUGCCAUAGAAACAGUGCCGACAUUAUGCACUUCCUGAUUGCUGAGGCUAAGAAUAAACUUUCAAUUAUUCACUCUCCUGUAAAAUUUAGUUUUUUUGAGAUGUGGCCCCAUUAUUCUCGGUGUGCGAUUUGUUUGUAUAUGGUGAAACAAAUAUUUACUAGGUGGAAGAAAAUAUUUUGUUAGCUUAACCAAACUCGGAAAGAAACAAAAAUUAUUUGUUACACCUAACCAAAUAUACAUUUGAGUUGACAAAACCAUUUUAUUGGGUUGACAGAAUCUUUCCUGCUACAAAAUAUUUGUUUGAAUUAACAAAAUAUAUUUAUUUCACCAUAUACAAACAAAUAUUUUGUUGAGGGCAAACAAACCUUUCUCUCAGUGUACGUGACAAAAUAUCCCCUGCUCGAGAGUUGUCCGUGACUCAACACUUCUUCGGCCCACAGUCUUCCAAAUAAACCGUGUGCCAGCAGAAGAAGGAUCACAUAGGCACGAUAGUUCGAAUUUACGCCUAUCGCGAACUGAUACUCAUAGCAGGAGACCGGAAAAAUUCGCUAUUUCAUUUCGCGAAAGACCAGAAUCCAAAUGUUUUUACCUUUUCGCUGCUUCAGUGAUUGGGCCACAGUUUGCCUGAAGGACUCUGAGCCAAUGAACAACCCUCAAUAAAAGCAGUAUUGAUUAACAAAUCAUUCCCAGUUAAUAGAUGUCACGAGUCAGUGAGCAGUGAGCAGGGUCACUAAUUGACCCAGAGUCCUCCAUAUCAAUAGCGGACCAAUAGAAAAUGUAGCAAAAAAGUAUAAUUAUUUGAAUUUUAACAUAUCACGAAAUGAAUCCGCGAAUUUUCCCGGUCUCUACUCAUUUGUAAGGGCAGGAAUUUUUCGCGAAAAAAUCUGAACGACCAAUAGACUACAAAAAGUUGUACCCGCAUCAGCGGUUUCUUACUUGUGAUUGGCGGCCGUCUGCGAGAAAAGUCGUUGCCAUAUUUGACCGAGCCACUCAGGACGCGUUUGCUUCCGCAUUGAAUUACUGUGAUCGGUUAUGAAACAAUCGAUAUAAAUCGGAAAGAAACUCGCCCAAUCACCACAGACGAAGCUACAGUGUUUAAACUUUCUCGGCAUCUUUUCGCGAAAUAUGCAUGCCCCUACGUAUCAACAUAAUGGCGCCAGGAUAGUUUUCAAAACUAUGGAAACUUAUUUUUUUCUCAAAAAGUAAAAAAAAAAUAACAUUGUACACUUAGAGACGGGAGAAAUUCGUGUACUUAUUUAGCGAUUGGAGAAAAUUAAUAUACGUACGCCUCUCAGUAGCUUCAGUCAUUGGUAAGUCACGUAUUUUUCGCGAAAUGAAAUGUGAUUGCUCAUUUGCUGCAAUAAGGCAUGCCUGGGCUAGCGAUUGUUCCAUCGUAAUUGCCGGUCAACCACUAAUUUUUGGCCGGGCGUUCCGCACUGGAUGUCUAUGUCUGGCGUGGUAGAAUUAGUACCUGAAAUAAACCCAGCCGACCAUUAAACAUAGACUACGCUACACAGCUGAUUUGAAAUUUUUUUCUCGUAAAAUACGUGUCCCGAACAAUAAUUUUAUUCGAAAGACUACAACCCGGUGAGAACCCUUGAUCAAAUACGUAUCGAACCACAGGCUACCAAGUUGAGACGUUUCAUCAGUCGGCAGCCAAUGAACACGUGACAUUCACCCGAGUGUGCGCAGGACCGUGGCAUCAAUCCUGGAGGUCACAGGAAACGCGAAUUAUUCCAGUCCUUGGGUAUAACUACUUAGUUUCAGGUAAACCGUGGAUUAUCACAAAGAGUAGUCUCGAAGAAUACAAUCACUCGUUCGGUAACGCCUUUUCACUGCUUGUGACAUCUCCCUCGUGGCUCUGAAUGGAGGCGUCACAGCUGCCACGUGACACAACGCUAAAACAAUUUUUUUUAAAUAUAUUUUCUUCGGGUUAUUUUUUGAAUAUUAGCAACAAAGUAAUUCCUGAUUCACGAUGAGUAGGAACAUAUGGUUUUUGUUUUUCAAGAAAUAAUGUGAUCGCUCAUUAGACUGCAAUAUGUAACGACUGGUCUAACGAUUGUUUCCUUGUAAUUGGUGGCCCUCUUCAAGAGAAGCCAUUGCCCUAUUUUGCCUUCUGCCGGGCCGUAAAUGACGCACCUGUUUCCGCACUGGAUGGCUAAGAUAGGUGUGCUGACAGUAGAAAUGCAACUUAAAUAAACCCAGACAAACAAGAAAAAUAGACAUUGCUACGAAGUUUUAACACGCAGCUGGUCUGGAAAAUUUUUUUCGCGAAAAGCACGUGACACUAACGAUGUGUUAGCGCUUCUCACGGAGCGUAUUUUUCAUUACGUCAUUUUGAAGCAGAUCAGUCACGUGAAUGUGGGUCCUAUCCCCAACACUGACGAAGUACGUCCGCGCAUUGGGAACUACUUACAGCGGGAAGCUUGCGUCAUGCGGGGAUGAAUGAGUGAACUUGUUCACCCAAGGACUGCACAACAUGUGUCAUGCAUGCCGCAGCGGUAAUCACAGACAGCCGUGUGUGGCCACAUAGAGCGUCACGUGAGGUACACGAGCGUGCGACCAAGCGUGUAACAGUAUAGACGGAAAUGUUUUUGAAAGUCCUUUGUAAUCUUUAUACAUGCAAUUGCGAUGGGUGCUCAACUUUAAACAUUGCAGUCCGAUAAAUACAUCUCUGUAUAUUUACGUAUUGAUGGGUUCUUAUUGGAUUCGUAAUUAUCUCGUGAUUUGAAUCACUCCAUCAAUAUUUGGCAUAGUUAUACCGGAAAAAAUUCGCGGAAUCAUUUCGCGAUUGUUUAAAAUUAAAAUGUUUUUACUUAUAAGCUGCAUCUUCUAUUGGCACACAAUUUAGGGUGAAUAUUUUGGCCAAUGCAUUGUAAUUACUUUUGUAAAUGGAACAGAAAUAUUUAUGUAAAAUUAAAAAUAAUAAUUAUUAUUUGUACAUUUGCUUGAAAAGAACUGUAUCACUACAAAAUAGUGUUCGCAGUAAUACUGUGUUCGGAUUCUUACCUGAGCAUUUUUGCUUUGUUUUGUCCUAAUACCUCCAACAAUAAAAAUUAUUUGUAAACUGUUCCCUUAUUAUCUUUCCAGUAUUAACCGCGUACAUAAUAAACAUGAUAAAACUAAAGUCAAAAUGAAUAAAUGUUCGAUCAUAUUUUCCAUUGUUUAAAAUAUAUAUAUGCCUGAGUGAAACAGCAAUUAAAAUAUAAAAUUAUGCUUAAAUUUUCGUAAGAUAUACUUAAUGUUAUCUCGAAAAAAAAAUGUACUUCAUAUAUGCAAAAAAAUGACUGUAGCCAUGUGUUGUACAAAGGUCCAAUAUGUCAUAUGUAGUCUUACAAACUAUUUCUUGGCAACUGGUUUCGAAAGAAAUCAUUUGUAAAAGUACAGAAAUUUUUAUUUUCUGUGUGGGAAACCCCCAGCCAAAGAAUCGCUGAAUCACAAGCCACCCUGGCUGAAGAAGUUCCCGCCAGUCGGCAAUCAAUGAACACGUGGGGCACCUGACCGAGAUUGCAGAGUUUCAGAGGACUGUGAAGUCCAUCGUGGAGGUAGCAGAAAACGCGGAUAUUCAUCAGUCCCUGUAGGAAUAAGGACCCACACAUUUAUACGACACGUCUGGGCUUGUACGUAAGUGGCGGCGGCUCCUCGUCAAUCAUCAUGUAUUCGUGAACGGACGCCUCCUAGAUCUAGAGCAGUUUCUAGUCGAGCGUCGUCAACGCCCACUUUCUGCCUGCCCAGGCCGCUCCAGGCGGGCAACGUGCCUGGUUAAUCAUCGCCCGGAUCAAAAUAAAGGUGUUUAUUGAGCCCCCCCGCCCUUGGUUGGUCAUUGACCGCGAACCGAGACACACAAGACAGCUUGUUAAUAAUUUUAAUGAUUGAUUCAUGAGCACGUUCUUUGUUCCAAGGACGCGGUGACGUCAUCUCGGGUAAUAGACGUAGAAAAAAGUAGCACUCUUAAAAUGCCCCGCGGUGUUUGGUAACAGGAAGGGAGGUCACAAGGCCAAGGCUGCAGUUGAGAAAGUUUUUUGGUACCCCGUCCCGCCCCCGACACUACAAUCGUGAGUGUUUUAUUUUUCCCAAUAGAUUUGCAGCAUGUGAUUGAGAAAUGAUUUUUUUUUUCUAGGCUACGCAUAAAACUCAAUUUUGUAUUGCCACUGUACUUUCACAGAUGAAAGGUUUGCUUGCACUGAUACGAAUAAAAUAUGUCAUGGUCUUA